AUGCUUCUAACUGGACAAGUGCAAAAACCUGUUCCCAACAAACAAAAGAAGAAGGAUUUCGAAAUACAUUCAUUCCGAUACGAAACAACCGGACGUAAAAAAAAGCAAGGUGAUACUGUUAUCUUUAAUAAUGCAACAAGAUCAAGACUGGAGCUGCAAUCAUCCUCAUCAAGUGCAAAAUCAUCUUCUGAUGUCAACAAUUCGGAACUCUCAACACGAUAUCAUCCCUACAAUCAAAAUAUUGCUCUCCAAAAAAACUCAAAUAUUGCCUACUCAACUCAGUAUAUAGAUAAUUUUGUGGAUGCGUUUGGUUUUGAUCCUUCAUCCUCAAAGAUUUUACAAAAACUUCAUACUUUCUUGGACAAUAAUGAAAGAAGAGAUGAGGAUUCAAAUCAAAAUUCUAAAGAAUUAGAGGAAAUGUUAAUGCAAGAUAUGAUAGUCACAUCAUUUGUAAAAAUCAAUUCAUUCGAAUAUUAUCAUAGACAUAUUGUUUAUGGCUUCAAAAUCUUUCCUGAAGAACUCAUUGAACAAUCAAUAUUUGGAAAUGAUUUAAAAAAUUCAAUGAAUGAAAUAUUCAGAAAUCCUAACAGUGUUUUUGAGUUACCUGAUUUUUCAAAACAUGCUGGAGAAUAUGUUACCCAAUAUAGAAAAACAGAAGUUCUCUCACUUUUGUAUACAUUACAUGGAGUGACAUGUGCAUCCAAUGGUUUUUUAGAUCAGGCAGAGUCUUCAAUUAAACGUUCAAUAGAAUUGGGAUUCGAAGGAUAUGUUAAAGAUGAUGUACAGCACCUCUAUGAAAAUCCCACAACCAACGAACAACUAAUUGAUCUAUUAGUUGGAAAACAUGCACGACAUGUCAGCAAUUUAAUUAUUAGUGAUGUUGAGGAUAGAUUUUUCAUGAUUAGAAGUGGAAGAUACUUGUUGGCAUCUUUUUAUUUUAUGGGAGAUAGUAAUUUAGGGUUAUCGAGGUAUUUUUUGUUAAAAGCAGAUGAAAUGCUGGAUUUACAUUCUCCAAACUAUAGAGAUAGAGUAUUUAUUAAUUACUCAAUUGCUGAGGAAGCUCGAAUCAAUUCAGAUUAUUCUCUUUACAGAGUUGAAAAUGUGUAUUUGCUAUGUGUUUACAAAUACAGGUUAAUAGUUGGAAUGACAUUCGAUACAUUUCGUUACUACAUUCAAAAGUCAGAAAAUAUUCAACGUAUCAAUAACAAUUUACCUCCCAUUCAAUUAACAAGAACUAGUAUUAAUCUCAGAGAAGAUAUCCAUCAAUUAUUUGAUUUAAAUUGUAUGCGACUUGCUACAAGCCUUUAUCUUUCAGCAAGAGGUAAAUUGCCUUCUGAGUUACUAACUAUUACAACCUUGAAGAAUGUAAAAAGAUUGACUGUAGAUAAUAUUGAAAUUUAUUUAAUGAUUAUUAUUUUAAUGACUAAGGAAUCAACAUAUACAGGACUAGUUAGUAUGGAUCCAUCAACGUUUGGUAUUAUUCAACUCUUGAGAAAAUUUUCAAUUUAUAGCACUACAGUAUCACUCCUUGAGAAAAUGUUGGAACAAUGUACAGAAGAAGACAGAGUAUAUCAAUUUAACAACAUGGCUGUUUUAAAAUUAGAAACCAUUUUCAAAAAUUUUGAGAAUGCAAUUACAGGUGAAUUGAGUAGAUUACUUGUCUCAUUUAACAAUAUAACAGAAAAAGAAUCUCAACAAAUUAUGAAUGGCACUGCUCCCAACCAUCCUUCCAUCUUUUCAAUUCUUUCAAGUGAGGAACCAAACUCUCCUAGUCAAUCAAGAUCUCCAACUUCUAUCAAAUCAACUUUGGACAAGUUGUUAGUUAUAUAUUGCGACAAAUAUGUGGACAAUUUGAAAUAUUUCAAUCAAGAAUCACUACUUUUCAAUAACGGUGAUAUGAGUAUUUUGGAGAGAGUUUCAGAUAUUCACAUCAUGCAAGCAGAGGUACUUUUGCAAAACACAUUUCAAGAUCAAAUUAUGUAUUCGUUUAAAAUUGAACAAUUGAAUAGACUAAAACCUCUUCUAGAAGCUGAAAGAAAUGCAAUUCAAAUUCUAACCCACAAAUAUCCUAAAUACCUUUUACCAAGGUUGGGUGGUUUAAUGUUUAGACUAGGAAAAGUAAUUGAGCAACUCAAUGGAACGAUAGUAUUUUCGACAAAUUGUAAACAAUAA